AUGCAGGGCUUCAACAUGGGCCGGUACGUGCCCCCCGACGUGGAGGGCACCACCACCGGCAACCGCCUGCACGGCAAGCGCCCCGCCUCCGUCCCGACCGUCCGCUUCGAGAUGCCCUUCGCCGUCUGGUGCGCGUCCUGCCCGAAACCCACCCUCAUCGGCCAGGGCGUGCGCUUCAACGCGCAGAAGCGCCGCUCCGGCGCCUACCACUCCACGCCCAUCUGGUCCUUCCGCUUCCGCCACGCCGACUGCGGCGGCGCCAUCGAGAUCCGCACCGACCCCCAGAACACGGCCUACGUCGUCGUCGAGGGCGGCACGCGCCGCGACACGGGCGAGGACAAGCCCCGCGACGGCGACCUCGUCCUCCCGUCUGCCGACGAGCGCGACCAGCAAGAGGCCCGCCGCACGGCCUUCUCCAAGCUCGAGCGCACCAUCGAGGACCGCGAGCAGCUCCGCCAGGCGGGCGAGCGCAUCGCCGGCCUGCUCGAGGACUCGGCGCGGCGCUGGGACGACCCCUAUGCGCAGAACCAGAGGCUGCGGAGGGCGUUUCGCGCGGGGAGGAAGCAGCGCGAGAAGGUGGCGGCGGACGACGACGCCCUGCGCGAGCGCAUGAGCCUGGGCAUCGACCUUCUGCCGGGCACCGACGACGACGCCCGCCGUGCCGCGCUCGUCGACUUUGGCCCCGACUCCGGCGACGAAUCCGGCGGCAAGGCAUUGUCAAAACCGCUCUUUACGAACUCACCCUCGUCAUCCUCCAUGGCGACCUCGUCCUCGUCGCCUGCCGCGCCCCAUCUGACGAAGAAGCGCCUCAAGGCGGACGUGAAGGCGGCCAAGGACAGGGAUGCCCUCGUCUCGACCCUCGUCACCAACACCCGAGCUGCAAAGGAUCCGUUUCUCCAAAGGGCUCGGGACUACAAGUUGCCGCCGCCGAGGCUACCUGUCAAAAGAAAGCGUCCAGAGUCCGAGUCGGAGGCGUCUGAACCACCAGUCAAAGCUGGGCAGUCAACCGCACAAACCGCCAACGGACUCGUGGACUACGAUUCUGACUAA